UCAAAAAACAACAAAACAAAUCCUAAAAAUUCACAGUCCAUUUGAUUGCCGUUUAUAUACGUUUGUCCACUUUCGGUCUCAAAUUUUCUCCCCCCUCCCAAUUUUAGAGAGACGGAUAGAGAGAGAGAGAGAGAGAGAAGAGGAGAAAGGGAGGAUCUUGGGAGCUCUAUUGGAUCUUUUCUUGAUUCUUUCAGGUCGCAGUUUCUUUCCUUUAUCUCUACUUUCAUUCCAGUUUCCAGCCAAGCAAUAUCUAUUAGAGUUGAAAAGAUCACUUUUUGAUUGAUGGAUUCUUCCUAUUGAUCCUAAACCUCAAUUGGGUCUUAGGGUUUUGAAGUUCUAAUAGCAAAAUAUUUGAUUGAUUUUGGAUUCAUGGGCUAUUCUCUUUGAUGUAAGAAAUUGCGUUUUUUUUCAAGUUGAGAUUUCAAUGGAGACAAGGUUCAAUCAGAAGAGAGCGGAAUCAGACAGCUGCCCUUUUCGAAAAUUUAUUAGAAGGCAUAUAUCAAAGGAUGAUGCAUAUAGUUCAAAAGAAAGCUCUUUAGAGGCAUCAGUGGCAUCUGCAAGUGGAAACAAUGGAGAUCAUUCAAUGAUUCAGGAAGAAUUUGUGAGUGAUGAGAGUGCUUUGUUGAGCUUGCAUCCAUGGAUUUUUAAGAAGGAAAGCUAUCAAGAAGGAACGAAUAAUGGUGUUGAGAAAAGUAGAGGCUCUCUUAGGAGCAGGAGGUUUCGAAGAUUUUCGGUUAAGCCAGUUACAUUUACGGGCAACUACAUGAAACCUUUUGCUGAACAAGUUGAAAUGGAUGAGUAUUGUAUUGAUUCCCCUCCCAAUUCACCCACACCAAUUUUGAGACCAUUUGUUGUAACUGAUGAGAGAAAAAUAAUUAGCAAGUCCAGUUUCGACUAUUUCAGCAUGCGGCAUGAAAAUCCAUUGUUGAAGGAGGACGAUUUACAUAAGGAAGCAGAUAUGAUUAAUUCGGUUGCAAAGAGAGCUGUGACAGGGGCUCCUCUUUUACCAAACUCGGGAAAGAUGAAGAGAAAGAGUAGCGAGUUGCAGGAUGGAAGUGUCGAGGCUUCUAAUUCAGUGAACCCUUGCAAAAUUUUGCAGUUGGAAGUUUCACAAGAGAGAGUGCUUCCCUUUUGUAUUGGAAUCAGUAUCGGCAUGAUCUUUGCCCUACUUUUUAAGGGGACAGAAGUGGAUAAGUUAAACAAAUCAUUGAAGCAAACUGAAGAUUUAGUUCAAGAUUUGCAGGAGGAGUUGGAAAUGAAAGAUUCACUCUCUUUGAAGGAACUAACUUAUGGAAUACACGAAAAUCGAAAACUUAAACAUUGGAACUCCAAAAGCAAAGAACCUAUCGAAUUAUGUCAAGAAGAGAAUUUGACACAUUCUGCUUCUCAAGAUGAAUGUGAAUGCCCAAACUUGAAUAGAACUGAAGAAAAUGCUGAAUCACUAAGAAAAAUCGAGGCAGAGCUUGAAGCUGAACUCGAGAGGUUGGAGGAGAACAUGAAUGCUUGCAGUCUGGAGCAAAGGAUAGCUGACCUCGAGCUUGAUUCGGACAUCAUAGCAGAUGUGGUUCAUGGGGAACUAAGAGCAGACAAUAUUACUAGAGAAAUUUUAGAGAACCAAGCCAAUUCGAGCUGCAACACAAGCUCAGCCUCCACAGCUCAAACCUACAACGCUAACUACUCCGUCUCACCCAAAGAACUCAGUCUCCGUCUUCAUCAAAUGAUCCAGAGCAGGCUCGAGGAAAGGAUCAUAGAGCUCGAGAAAGAACUCCUAAGAAGCCAGAGACAGCUUCAAGGCAUGGAAACUGAGAGGGUAAGCCCCCAAAGAACAUUGUCAAACAGUGGUACAGGAUUUUCUUCAACCCAUAAGAGCCCACGAGCUAUGCAAUCUAAUAGUGCUCUAGUUCAUCCAUUCUGCUUGAACUUAUCGGGAGAUGCACUUAAUGCCUAUGAUGAAGCUUACGCAGAGUUCAUGCAGAUGAGUGAGAAAAAGGAGAGCCCACCAUCAUCUAUAAAUAAAGGUGAAUGGAUUGAUGGGUAUAAUUCGAUCUCAUCAGGUAGAAGUUUGCCAUGGGAGAGCAACUUUUGGAGUCUAGGAUCUGAGGAAGAAGAUGAUGAAAGUGAUUGCUUUACUGAUGAAGAAGGGAAGAUGUUGAUCCAGCAACUUGUGGAGAAGACAAAGCAAGGUUCUCCUGCUCUGAUAAAUGCUCGGAAGAUGUUUCUUUUAAUGGACGAAUAAAUCGAUAGGCAAUAAGUUUUUACUUUAUCUUAAAAGAUCUUGUGGAAAAGACAAAGCAAGGUUAUGCUGCUCUGAUAAAUGUUCAGAAGAUGUUUCUUCUAAUGGACGAAUAAAUCAAUAGGCGAUAAGGUUUUACAUAUCCUAGUUUAGGAGAGAGUUCUAAUGUGUGAGUUCAUUAUUAUCACUACAGAGAAGCAUCUUUGACUGCAUUUCUCACACGGUGGCUUUAAUAUCAUGUUACAAUUGAAAUAUAAUUCUUUAAGGUUAUGUGGAAUUUAGUUCUGUAA